AGGGAUGUGGGAGAGGGGAAGAGCGAGGGGGGCCCCGGCGUGGCCCGGGGUGGGGGCCGGGGCUGCCAGCCUGGCCCUGGCCUGUCAAGCGGCUCAUUGUUCCUGGCCCGGGUGCCACUGGGCGCCGCCGGGGACGAUGUGGCACUGAGCGGGGUGGCCGGCGGCGGAGGGACGAGCAGCGCGGAAAGGCUCAGCUCGCCCUCCUGCCAUGGCAUCGCAGGACAGAGCCAGCAGCCUGAGCGGCAGCCCCGAAGAGACGGAGCUCAGCAUCACCCUGACCCUCCGCAUGCUCAUGCACGGCAAGGAGAUCGGCAGCAUCAUUGGCAAGAAAGGAGAGACUGUUAAGAGGAUACGAGAGCAGAGCAGCGCACGCAUCACCAUCUCGGAGGGGUCCUGCCCUGAGCGCAUCACCACCAUCACCGGCUCCACCGACGCUGUCUUCCGUGCCGUUUCCAUGAUAGCCUUCAAGCUGAAGGAGGACCUGGGAGCAGGGGGCGAUGGGGCAGCGGCAGGCAGAGCACCGGUGACGCUGCGCCUGGUCAUCCCCGCCAGCCAGUGUGGCUCACUCAUCGGCAAGGCAGGAGCCAAGAUCCGGGAGAUCCGGGAGAGCUCAGGGGCCCAGGUGCAGGUGGGUGCUGACCUGCUGCCCAACUCCACCGAACGGGCCGUCACCAUCUCGGGGGUGCCGGACACCAUCAUCCAGUGCGUGAGGCAGAUCUGCGCCGUCAUCCUGGAGUCGCCUCCAAAGGGGGCCACCAUCCCCUACCACCCUGGCCUCUCCUUGGGCACCAUCCUGCUGUCUGCCAACCAGAGCUUCCCCAUGCAGGGCCAGUACAGCGGGGUCUCUCCUGCAGAGGUGACGAAGCUGCAGCAGCUCUCAGGGCACUCGUUUCCCUUUGCUUCCCUGGGCCACGCACCCCCCAUGGUGCCGGGCCUGGAUACCAGCUCCCAGAGCAGCUCCCAGGAGUUCCUCGUACCCAAUGACCUCAUCGGCUGCAUCAUUGGCCGACACGGCAGCAAGAUCAGCGAGAUCCGUCAGAUGUCAGGCGCCCACAUCAAGAUUGGGAACCAAACUGAGGGCUCCAGCGAGCGGCACAUCACCAUCACAGGGUCCCCCGUCAGCAUCACCCUGGCUCAGUACCUCAUCACAACCUGCUUAGAGACGGCCAAAUCUACCUCCCAGGUGCCGCCAGGCCCUGGCUCCAUGGACCUCGGCGUGAGCUUCACCCAGCCCCUCGCCCCUGGCUCUGGUGCGGCGCUGCCCAGCGUUGCCCCUGCCCACCCAGCCCUGCUGGGCACCCCUUACACCGUCUCCCUCUCCAACUUCAUCGGCCUCAAGCCCAUGUCCUUCCUGGCGCUGUCCGCGUCCUCUGUGGUGGGCCCCAACGGCGGCACUGCCACCUACACAGCCAAGAUCUCCGCUGCCAAUGGCACCAAGAAAGCCGACCGGCAGAAGUUCUCACCCUACUGAGCCCUGCCG